AUGUCCGAUCUUAUGGUGCGCAUCGUCGGCGACGUUCAAAGCCAGCUGAAGAUCCUGGCCAAUGUUCGUCAUUUGCAGCGUCCCCAUGAGGAGCCUGCCCAGUUUACAUCCGUCGAGGUCCCUAUCCCAAAGUUAUCUCACAAGGUAUACGAUACGAAUGGCAGAGUCGUAUACCUCGGAGACUGUGCCGCUCUAUCUUUCCUUCGACAUAUCCAGGAAAUCGUGGAGGGCGAGGGAGGAUCCUCGACCGAUGUCUCGAGUGUCUUAGCAAUGGAAGAGCUGUCACCCCAUUCCGAUGUAGACUUAAUGACUCAGCAUCUAUGGAACACUGCGGAUUUAGAGGAGCUUAUGAAUGUCUUCUUCGCCUCGACCUGUGGCAUAUUGGAUAUUAUUGAGCGACACAAAAUUGAAGGUCUUCUGAGACAGUUGGUGAUCGAUCCUGAGAGCAUGAGAAAUGAGGGCAAGGCAGUGGUUUCCCUCGUGCUUGCCUAUGCAGCUCAAGCACGUAGCAGUAGCGCCUUGGACUAUCAACUUGCACAGCACUUUUAUCAUCAUGGCCGUCAAAUAGCACUCCUGGAACUCACUGAUGAGCCGCGUCUUGAGACAGUACAGGCGUUCCUGUUAUUGUGUCUGUAUAUGCUGGCCUGUUCUCAGAGAAAUGGUGCCUAUCUUCAACUUGGAAUUGCAAUCAGUGCUGCCAAAUCUCUCGGCAUACACCGUGACAUGUUGGCUGCUGAUAGUGGCAAUGAGGACAGUUUUUUGAGGCGUCGGAUUUGGAGGACUCUCUGCUAUCACGAUGUACACUUCUGUGCCAUGAUGGGCCGGACCCCCUCUACGAUCACCACCGACUCGGCACCAUUCGACAGCUUGAUAUUGCCGUCCAGUUCCUUGGAAAAAGAUUCGGGCCAGCAACUUGCGCUUCUAGAAUCUGCACGAGCCUUUACAUUCAUGCAAAGAACAGUGACCGACAUUUACACAAAGCGGUCAGUGUCUUUGGGAUUGCUACAACAAUUGGCCCAGGAGCUGCAACAGGCAAGCUCCAAGAUACCAUCGACGCUACGCAUCAUUACAUCCUCGGACGUUCCAAGUCAAUUACGCAUUAUUCGUAACGCAACGGUGGCCUGCAACUAUUACUUCAGCAUGAUGGUUUUGUCUAGGCCCUUUCUCAUCACUUGUAUCCACAUCAAGCUCAACCGGACCAAGAAUGCUGCUAUGGAUAGCACAGCUACUCGUAACUUGCAAGAUGACGACAACAAGAUCCACAACGACAUAAUGCAAGGAGCAAUGACUUCUGUGGACGCAGCAACAUUUACCGUUCAGUUACUACACGAACUCUUGAUGGCUGGUAUGCUUUUCAAUAAUAUGCCUCUUCCAAUUGCAUGGGUGUUUGUUUCGGCCUUGACAAUAUGUUCCGCAUACUUUGGCAGAAUUGGAAAUCUUUGUGAGAUGGAAAAGUCCAUCCAGCAAGCCGACGAGAUAUUGGCCCAUUUCUCCAAACAUAGCAGACAAGGCAAGCGAUAUGGACUAAUUCUGAAGCAGCUAUCAAAAGCAGCAGCAGGACAUCUGCAGUCUAUGAAGCAGAGAGAGCGACAAGCCCGUAGUAUCAUGAUGCCCGAGCUGUUCAGACUGAACCUGCCAGCCUCGAAAGGCGCGCCUUACACGAGUACGCGGACAUUCGGCCAGAGCCACGAAAGGAUGGCGUCUAAUCUGGAAGAGCAACAAGCCCUGCGGAGCUCUUCUUUCCCCUCCAGCAUUGAAGGCAUGGCAACUAGGCAAGGUCCAUCGCUAGAUGACUCGCCGUCAGCACUCAACAACACCUCUUUACUAAACUUGGUCCAAUCUUAUACGGACUCUGACAAUUUCUUUGCAACCGGCUACAAUCCCGACAGCUAUCCGAACAAUCUCGACUUCAAUCUUGAUGAGGCAGCAGACAUUUGGGAUCUUAAUUGGGGAGGAUCUCUUCUCUAGAUCGAUCAUCUUUCUUUGAGCAAAUGAGAUCUCUAGCAUAGCAAUGAUACACACCUGCAUUCCCGGCUCAAGGUGACAUAAUAUCAUGAGGGUACAUCUCA